UCUGGCCUCCUAUUAAAGCCAAGUAAAUAAAUACGGGUGGCAUCAGUUGUUUAUGGCUAGUCCAUCAGUUCGUCAUUAACAUAAACGCGAAAAAAACGGGAUACGGAAUAUUCACGAAAAAUCCCUUUAAGCAGCAGAAAACUCAAAAAUGAAAGAUUUCAAAAUGACCUCAGGCCUGUGCCUGGCUCUACUCGGCCUUGUUGCCCUGCAAAUGCAAUGUGCCUCAGCUGGCUAUUCGAUGGCCGAAACUUGUCUGUAUUACGGCGAAGGUUAUAUCGCCGAUCCAGAUCAGUGCAACGGCUGGGGAUAUUGCAAAGGCGGCGAGUUGAUUGCCCAAGGCACCUGUCCCGGCACCUAUCUGUACAACCAGAAGACCGCCCAAUGUGACUUUCCCGAAAACGUCAAGUGCGCCAGCAAACUCGAGAGUACCUGCAGUGUGGUAACCUCGCCCAUCUACUUGGCCGAUCCCGACGACUGCACCAAGGCCUGUUACUGCAACAAUGGCACUUACUCCUGUACCACUUGUCCCCAAUAUCAGGUGUUCGAUCCCACAAAAAGAGCUUGUGUCUAUUCGAACCAGUACAACUGUCCGGCCAAUUCCAUUUGUCGUCUGGUGCCCGACGGCAAGUGGGUGGCUGAUCCUUUAAAGUGCGGAAAUUAUCUGGCCUGCCUUGACGGCAGUGGUACCAGUAAGGAAUGUCCCGAUAACCUCUUCUUCAAUCAAUUCAAAAAUAUGUGUGCCAUCGAGAGUAUUUGUCCAACUGAGACUGAACCGCCGUCCACCGCAUCAGUCGGUCCAGGUGUUGAAAAGCCAUUGCCAGACAGUAAAACUGCCUGUGCCGAAAAUCCUAACGACAAAACUGAUACAACGAGCAAAUUCUAUGUUGAGGACGGCAAGUCAUGCAUGGGCUACUAUUAUUGCGAAAAGGCAGGAGAAACCGGUAUUUGGGGCAAGUGUCCCCUCGGUACCCAUUUCAAUCAGGCGGACCAAAAUUGUGUCACCCCCUAUACUGUGGACUGUAAAUACGAUCGCUGCGGCAACAUAAACCAAACCUAUGUCUCGGUCUUGGGUUGUGCCGACUACUACUACUGCAUCAAUCAGACGAAACAGGUAGGCAUGGGUGGCAACUGCGCAAACAACAAUCCCAACUAUCCCUACUUCAGCGAAGCCCAAGGUGCCUGUGUCGAUGUGGACCCGAAAUUUGCCAUAUGUUCAGCACCUGCCCCCUCCCCUGUAGGUAACUGAAGGCGAUAGAUGAAAUCAGAUAUAUAUACAUAUAUAUAUUUAAUUUAAUUAUUACCAACAACACCAAGCACCAUUAACAAUAAACAAUAUUGAUUUCAAGGACUAA